AUGGCCAAGCCCGCGCCUAAGAAGGUCGUCGAGUCUUCCAGUGACGAGUCCUCAUCUGAUGAGGAGGACCAGGUCACCAAGCCUGUUGUACAUAAGAAGAAGGUCGCCGCUAAAAAGAAGGUUGAGAAGAAGCCUGUUGUCGAGGACAGUAGCAGCAGUAGCGACUCGGAUUCUUCGGCGGAUGAGGCACCCCCGCCUAAGGCCAAGAAGGCUGUAGCUAAGAAGAAGGCCGUUGCCCCUAAGAAGGCCGCCCCUGCCAAGAGGGCCGCGCCGGAGUCAUCGUCCAGCUCUGAUGAGAGUAGCAGUGACGAUGAGGAGGAAGCCGCUCCUGCUAAGAAGGUCGCUAAGGUCGCUACUAAGAAGGCUGCUGCCGCUGCUGCUGAGGAGUCCAGCUCGAGCGAUGACGAUUCUUCGUCAUCUAGUGAGGACGAGAAGCCUGUUGCUAAGAAGGCCAAGAAGGCUACUCCUGCUAAGAAGGUAGUUGCUCAUGAGGAUUCUGAUUCAUCCGAUUCUAGCGACUCUGACUCUGAUGCUAGUGAUAUGCCUUCUGCUAAGGCUGUUGCCAAUGCUAAGGCUCGGCUAGCCUCUAAGAAGACUGAGAGCUCUGAGUCUAGUGAUGAUGAGGAAGAGGAGACAAAGCCUGCUGUUCAGGCUCCUAAGAAGGCCGCCGUUGCUGAGGAGUCCGACUCAAGCAGUGACUCCAGUGAUGACGAGGAGGAGAAGAAGCCCGUUGCUAAGAAGGCUGCCCCUGCUAAGAAGGCCGCUGCUGAGGAAUCUAGCUCUAGCGACUCCGAGUCUAGUGAGGACGAGGCCCCUGCCAAGAAGCCUGUUGCUAAGAAGGCCGCCACCAAGAAGACCGUUGCUAAGAAGGCUGCUGCUGAGGAAUCUAGCUCUAGCGACUCCGACUCUAGUGAGGAUGAGGCCCCUGCCAAGAAGCCUGCUGCUAAGAANNNNGAAAAGAAGUCGGAUUAUAUCGACCGUCUGUUGAGGAGGCCUUUGAUGAACGCUAAGGAUCUGCAGGGCCACGAGGUGACGAUAGUGCAAGAGAAGUUCGAUAUCGAUAAAGAGAACUCGGUGACUGUGAGUAUCACUCGUAUGGGACCUCACUUCAACAUGAAGGAGUUGGACACUUUAAGUGGUGGCAAUAAGGAGGUGCAAGAAAUGCUGAAGCAAUACGUGAUGUCGCAUUCAACGGCUGAGCUCGUUGAUGGUGUGGAGCCCCUCUGUUUGAAUGGGAAAUCUUACGCUUUGAAAAACGGUGUCCACUAUAGUGCCAACGGCGUGGCUGCGGUUUCCUGGGGCGCGUAA